UAUAUCAUUCUCAAAUGAUGCAUUUAACAAAAAAUAUUCAGUUUUUUACACGAUUUAACUUCGUAAAAAUCGAAUAUAAGGCAUACUUACUCUACCAUUCACCGCAUUUGCGAUAGUAUAUUAUGAACUUGUAUCGAAUAAUCGGUACUACGUUUAGUAGUAGCGAAUCGAUAUCAGAUAUUAUAUUUCGAUCGUAUAGGAUCUGUAUGAGAGAACAAAAAUAAUAAUUUUAACAAAAAAAUAAACUAAAAUUUGCUAAAGUCGGUCGUAGAAAAUAUCGGAAAAAUUAUUGAAAAGAAAAAAAUAUAUAUUUACUUCUAGUUACGAAACUGACCAAAAGGAUUACUUUGUAGCGACGCAUGCGUACAUGGCUCCGUCAUCCGCCAUGGCGGCUUUCUGUUGUUUUAUCGGGAGCCUGGCAACAAUGUUACGAUUUCUGGCGCGUUACGGCUCUACUUAACAUGUUGGCUAAGAAAGCGCAAGAGAAAACAUCCCCCUCAAUUUGGUGUCCUGCUGUAACGACGGGACAGAUAACUCAGGAUGUUAUGAGCUGCAGAUGACGCCGGGACACGCAGCAGAUGGCCGGCAAGUCCAAUUUUCAGCAGGUGGGUCGUGAAACAGGUGGCCCUUCUCGUCACCCGGGAAUCGUCUCUUCAUUACCCAGAAGAAUGAACAAAGUUGAAGAUAUCAGAAGAAGCACCCGAUCUAAGGGCCCUCCAGGUAAGCGUUGCCAUGACAACUAUUCCUCCCCUCCUUUUUCUCCUCUAGUGAUCAAUCAUUUUCUGGGAGCCGUAUCUCGAGAGAGAAAGAGGGAGAGAGAAAGAGAGAGAGGAGGCAACGCUGCCAGUUCAACCCGUCACUGCUCGGCACCAGAGCCUCGCAGCACUUCGGUAAUUACUCGAAACGAACGGGAGGGUGGGAAGGAAGCCGCUAGACGCGAGAGGGGUCGACGAGGAAGGAAAGAAAGAAGAAAUAAAAGAGCCGAGAUGUCAUCAACUGUGGGAAAGUCCGCCACCUGAAGCAAGAAACAACGGGUUUUCCAUCUGCCGUCGAAAGAAAUUGACGUCAAGAAUCUUUGGGAGGGGGUCGUAAGGCUAGAAAUCGAGGCGUUAUUGACUAAACUCUAAAAGGCCAAAUAUCUAGAAACGAGAAUGUAAAAUUGACCAACUUUAAACUCGAUACAGAACCGAGUGAGAUGUAUGCAAUUUCUAAAUCUUUUAUUUUAUCGUUAAGAGAAACUAAUUCUCUAGCUCUUUAAGAAAAGAAAUUAACAUUGGAGAAUAUGCCAUAAACUUCUAUACAGAAUUUAAUUCAAAUAGCCAUAAUAAUCUUAGGAAAAUAAUAGAGGGCAAAAUUAAAUUAUAAAGUUUUUAUUAAUACAGAUAGAUCUCUAAAAUAUACACAUGAUAUUAUUUAUAAAGAAUUUUAGUGAAUGUGAGAUGAAGAAAUAACGGUCUUAACGAUAAUUGGUUGUUGUAAGCAAAGUACUGUACAAGCGAAUAACCUUAUCACUACCUAUUUUAAAUUUGAAAAUUUCUUCAAUUAAUUAGCAUUAAGACAAUCAUUUUCAACUAGUUAUCAUUAAAAUUGCCAUGUCUUUACAUAAUCACCAUUAAGACAAUCAAUAUUUUCAACUAAUCAUAAUUAAGAUAGUAGUAUCUUCUAUCGGUCUUCAUUAAAAACUUUAUCCUCGAUAUCUCGUGUAUAUCGCAGAGAACUGCCUAUAUUUAUAAUAACUUUUUCUUGAAUUUUAUCAACUGUAUAUUGAUUAUUGUCUAGUAAGUUCUCAAUUAAAUUUUAAAAUCUUAUAUUACUAAUCACGCUAACUUCCCUUAAAGUUACUACUAACGAGCAUAAUGUAUAGCUCUUACAUUUUUUUAUUUUUUGUCAUCUUUAUAUCGAACUGGGUUUCUUGUUUUGUUCUGAAACCGUUCGAUCUCUCCAGCGCUAAUCGAAGUUCUAACUUGUUCAGCUGUAGGACCUCUCCCUCUUUCUCUCUCUCUCCUCUCUCUCUCUCUCUCUCUCUCUACCUCUGUACAUCUCUUCAACGAGCUUGAAAUGUUCAGGAAAAGGAAAAUUGCAAUCGUUUGACUCGAAUCUGAUAACAAUCGUUUCUGGUAAGAGAAUUAUUCGUUAUAUAAAAUCCUGAAAAUUUUAUUUAGCUCUAUAAAAAAGACAAUUAUCGAGUUUAACGAAUUUAUCUCAUGCACGUUCUUGUUAUUAUAUUUAAUUUUUAUAUGUUAUAACUUUGAUUAUACGCUUCAAAAUAGUUUA